CCUUCUCUUUUUGUAAAGAAUUAGGACCAGUAAAAAUUGNUAAAUAUUCUCAAACGGAUAAAGUAGUUUGUCGAAUUUUUAAAGUAUUGGAAAAUUUAUUUGAACUUCCACUGGAAUCAUACUCUGGAUUAGGUAUUGUCUUAGCAAGUCAGUUAAGCGAUGAAGAAAUUGAAGUAACAAAAGAAUCGCUUGAACAUAAAUACUUUUGCAUUCCACGUCAAGGGCACUUCAUACUUAUUCCGCUUCUGCAUCAACUUUUCCACGAAUUUUCAAACUAACAUGUUUUAAUUUGAAAAAACAAAUAUAUUGUACAUAAUAUUUUUUUUUCAUGCAAAUACGUUAAUAUAUAUGUAUAUAUAUUAUCUACAAUCAACCCAGCAAUGGCAUCGACACAAGUAAAAGGUUCAAAAAUCAUGAAGCGGAAGUACGAUCGUGAACAUGUUAAGGACGAACACACAACACCGACAACCGACAACACACCAAUUGAGAACGCACCAACCGAUGACGCGUCAACCGGAUUUACAGUCGAUUCCGAGUACUUUGAAAAUGUAUUGAGGCUAUUGAGAGAAGUAGUAGAGAAGCAAAACCAGCUGGAGCAAAGAUUAAACAAUGAAAUGGUCACAAAAGCGGAGUUUGCUGCCCACAACAAAAUGUUGUCCGAAAUGAAGGUAGCAACAAAAAAAUAGAGGUAUGUGUCUGCAAGAUGACAGGCGAAGCUAGCGACCCAAUAAUGGACGAAAUAGCCAGUAUGAUGCCUAUGGCGACGAUGGCCGCCGUACUCGAAGUGGAGGAAAAGUUGACGGACCCUAACUACACCCAAGCUAUGGUAUUGACUUGAACACUUCAAUCUGAAAUUUAAAAUUUUUAAUCAUGUUCAUAUUUCAGAAAACGUAUCUCCUCAAAAUAAAAGCUGUCUCUGACGACGUUGACGUUGUUGUCAAACAUUUGUUUACAGACAAAUUGUUAUAUAGUUUCAACUGGGAGGGUAAGUGACAAAAGCGUGCCCUGGCGGAGCUGACUUUGGUUGACAAAGGGCUAAGUGGUAUAUCAUCUACAUUAUUAAAGAUGUCUGCAUUUUCUUAACUUUCUCCUUUUUCCUUUACAGAUAUUUACAAAACGCUUGGCGUUGCCGGCUUUGAAAAAAACAUGAGAAAAUCGGUUGGGCUCAGUCACAAUCGAUUGAGACAAAAAAAAUUUCUAAAAAACUAAAAAAAAUUGCCUUUUUCUAUAUUCUUAUUAUUCCUUUUUCUUAUUGUUCCUGU